CUUGGGAAUAGUAACAGGUCGAUAGAUCUGGGAGGCGGCAUGGAUGAGCAAGUAAUGCUGGGAGUUCUUCUCUGUUUGCCUCCCAAAGCAAUCUACCGAUUCAGAGUCGUAUCUAAAACCUGGAACGAACUGAUUUCCCACCCCUUUUUCAUUGAGAGGUACGACGGCAGGCGGCGGCGCGGCGGUCCACGUUUGUUGGCCUUGUUCCAGACAUCUGUUUGUUACAGUGAUCGCUGGCCACCUACAUAUCACACCAACAUACUCUCUGUCGAUCUUCCUCGUAAUCGUAAAUUAUGGCGGUUUCUAAAAUUAAGGGAUUGCAAGGUCAUAAAUUCUUCGGGCGGUUUGAUCCUCUGUGCUGCAAGAAGCAACGAUGCUUUUUACCCCAAUGAUUACUACGUUCUCAACCGUAUAACGCAAAAGUUAGUGUCGCUGCCGCCGACGAAGUGGCUUUGUUUCGGGACCAUUGGUUUGAUGUGCGAAGAGAAUAAGCAUGAACUGGCCGCCAAGUACAUAGUCGUCCGUACAGCAAUUGGGAGUUCGUUAAAUUUGGGGAUAGAGACUUAUUCAUCCGAAACCGGAGUCUGGUCUGCCAAACGGAGUAUAACCUUCCCAGACAGAUAUAAGAUAAAUCUAAUAUCCGGUGAUCCUUCAGUGAUGAACGGUGUUUUCCAUUGGGCCCCCCACCUCUACAAAACAAUGGCGCUUUACCGUCCACGUGAAAACAAUUUUCAGUUCAUCGAUGCCCCAGUUGAUCUACAUCUACAUGAUCAUCCUCUUCUAAUUCCCCUAAUUCACUAUUCACACAAAUCCCAUGCUUUUACAAGGUCAUCCAUUGAGGAUGGGGACAUGUUAUGGUACAGCACUAUGGACUUCCGUGCUACGAUGACGGUUUUCGUGCUCCCGAAGUGUAUAGAAGAUGGGGCGAACAACACCAUCCGGCCAACUAUCAUAACCUGUAAUGAGUGGGUGGUGGUAUACCGCAUAAGUGUCAGUUCGCUCUGGAACGAUGUCAUCUUACUCUCACCAAAUGAGAGGAAAGGGGUUGUGAAGGAAAUACUCUUGGAUGCCUUUGUUCCGGCUCAGAAGAAGGAGAAGAACAAUUCUCUUGUCGUGAUUCUCAGGGUAGAAAGAGGGGGCGUGUAUCUUUAUGACCUUGACUCCAAAUCCAUGGAAUGUAUUCGAUAUUCUGGUCGCCUGGUAAGCAAGAAUGAUGAUGGAUAUGACAAUUAUUCUCGAAGACUAUGGCCUUACUUAGAGCCCUUUUCCCUUUCUGCAUACGCUCUAAAUUAGGGUGGUUGUGUGAUUAUUUUGUUAGUUUCAUUAGUCAAGUCUAGGUUUAGAAGUUUAAGAAUAUUUUCUCAUACAAAUAAAAGCAUUAUUUUUCAUAUUUGGGGUGAAUGAAGACUCGAUCAGGAAAGCGACCAAGCCUUCAUAUUAAAGCACCCAAAGUUUUUUUUUUCUUUAAUUUUAUUCUGAUGUGGAAUGGAUUGAAGUUAUAAACAAUCUAUUGUUUCAUUUAUCAACAGAUCGAUUCAAAGUGAAUAUUGC